AUGGCGGCUGGAGCUCAAUUUUCCGAUAUGAAUUUCCAAGACCGUCUUGCAGUGUCUCAACGGCAUACCAAGCAGUCAUUUGAUCUCCUACGGUCAACAGAUUAUCUCGCGAAUCCAUCCAAGGAGGCCGUCCAGACACUCCUUCUCUUAGGGAAUGUGCUUCAAAAUGAUAUGAAACCUCAGGCGGCUUGGGUUCUUGGGGGCACAACAAUCCGCCUCGCGCAAUGCCUCGGUCUUCACAAGAAGACAGCCCGCCCGCCAAAAUCUCCGCUCACAGAUGAAGACGCAAAGUGUUUGAGAUUAGCAAUUGUUUGGCAAGAUGCCCUCCUCGCGCUCGCUUUUGGUCGCCCACCAGCCUCCUAUGAGUUGGAUUUUGAAAGCGACUUGCCUCAGCUCUCAGAGUCUAGCGAGAGUUCGGGUCUAUCCUACCUCCAAGCUAUGAGCUGGCUAUGUCAUGUCACAUUGCGCCAUCUCUCGUCUCAUUUGCAGUCGUCACUCGGGCCAGUUUCGGUACUCGACGGCAUCAAAUUCAUCGAAGCCUCUCUUUCGCCCCACUUAAUCGAUCCCACGAGAAGUACGGCAAUACCACAGAUUCAAGAAUACUACGCUUUCGAACUUCACCGACAUUUUGUCAUGGCUACUCUUUGUCGCCCGUUCGUAUCGAGGAGUGGAUCAACAGGGCUCAGUGAAAGUGACAGGUCGAACGUCCUCGAGCACUUUCGAGAAUCUCUCAAGCGCAGCGUCCGGGCUUAUGUUCGGUUGAGGUCAAUCGCGGGACAUGCUAGGCGUUCUUGGGCCUUUACACAUAAUGGGCUAACGUCGGUUCUUCUCUUGAGCUUAAUGCGAGAGACUAGGUAUCUUGCCGAGACCAGAACCCUUCAGGACGAGCUCAUUGCAAGUCUUUCAGAGGAAGGUAACUCCGCCUUGCUCACAGACCCCGAUACCAACGCACAGCUUUCAGGCACUCUCCAUAAGGCGUUGAAGGCUCUGCGGACUCUUCGAGCAUUGACGGAGCGUGACGUCAGUUCGCGUGGCUCAAACCAGGAGCAAAGCGACCAAGACAUUCCAACUCCUGGCCAUAUGCCCACCGUCGGCGAAAGGCCUGCAAUAGGCCAAGAUAAUGCGUUUCGGGUCACGGAGCAAGCUGACUUUUGGGACAUGGGCGACGCUCAGUGGGAAUUUCCCAUCGAUUUCGACAUGUCCCCACUGGGCGCGUUUGACUACAUCAUGUCGGAUCAGAAUUAUGACAACAAUUCAUUUCUGCCCAAUCUAGUGUGA